AUAUGUAUGUAUGUGUGUGUGUGUAUAUAUAUAUAUAUACGUUUUAUGCUUAUACAGCUUAUACUAAUGUCAUUUUAUUUUGGUUAUUCAUAUAUAUAGACAACGGCGUAGGAGAGUUAGAUGGCACUUCUUGAUUUGGAUACCACUGAAUUUUUUUAUUUAUAAGGACAUGUAACUUUCCAUUGGAAAGGAACCCCCCCCCCCACACACACACACACACACACACGUUUGAAGGUAAAACUACAUAGCAAGUUUUAUCAUAAGGAACACAUUUCUUAUUUCUGGCCUGUGAUGCCCUCUGCUGGAACCAGACUGUUUACGUUUUAGCGCAUUAAUUGCCUUUUGAAAACUUAUUGCUAUCAUGUUAUUUGAGCUCUCUGCCUAAAUGUCACAGGUCAAAUUGACUGAUUUUUAUAUAAUGAGCAACAGAACUCCUUUUUGGCAAUCUCGCCGCUUUGGAUGGAAACCUGAUCUGUUGCAGAGCAAAUACAGAAUGUAUAAUAUGUAAGAAAUGUUCCUGUGGCCAAGAGCAACUUAAUUUGAAAGGGACUCAAUUAUCAACUAACACAUUCAGAAUUCCUCUGGGACCAGGUUUUACCAUGAUGACAUGUGCGGCCGCCAGCUCUGUUCAGUUCACACGCCACGCAAGUGAUGUGCUGUUCAACUUGAACCGGCUGCGCAGUAGGGAUAUCUUGACAGAUGUCACUAUUCUUGUAAAUCGACAGCAGUUUCGAGCUCACAAAACAGUUCUUAUGGCUUGCAGUGGGCUUUUUUACACCAUAUUUACAGACUCCCUCAAAUGCAACCUGAAUUCCAUUAGCCUAGACCCGAAAAUGGAUCCUGAAGGCUUUGGCAUUCUGCUGGAAUUCAUGUACACUUCUCGACUGACUUUGAAGGAGAGUCUCAUAAUGGCCAUCAUGAAUACAGCCAUCUAUCUGCAGAUGGAUCAUGUUGUUGACACGUGUAACAGGUUCAUCAAGUCCAGUGAUUCUUCAGCCAAGCUCACCAGGGAAGAGUUUUUGGUUAGCCCUCUGCUAUUAACUCAGGAUACCCUAGCUUACAGGUUUCAUGAAAUGGAGAAUUUACCGCCACGAGCAGCCUCUGUCAGGGAUGGUAGGGCUUAUAGUUCCGCCAUGUUCAAUGGUAUUAAUCCUCCCAAUAACUCUUAUAUUUACGGUGAGUUCCCAGUCCAAGGAUUUGCUUUUCCCCUUGGAAAGAUUACUGAUGCCAAAAACUCUUUAAGAGACUUUUCCGCUAAAGGAAGUGCCAUCCACCAAAAGCUCUGUUUCAUACCUGAUGAGACUGUUCUGACAGAGCACACAAGGUCUAGCCCCAGGGCUUCCAACAACAUUUGCUGUAUGUCCCCCUUCCCUCUCAGAGAAAUGGAUGGAGAAGAGGAACUAGGGAAGGAUAACUUAGGGGGUGUUCAUCCAUCUGUAGGACCAGGCUUCAGGAAAUGUAACAUGUUAAGCUUAGCCUCAGAGCAGCAGGAGCAGAGUAAACGACAUACUCCUUUGGUGGUUGAAGACCUGCGCCACCAGCAUUGUUCGCUGAGCAUCUCCUCCAGUGGCUGCAAGGGGCUUCUGAGCAGCCCACAGAGUCCUCUCAAAUCUGAUUGCCAACCCAACUCUCCCACAGAGUCAAGCAGUAGCAAGAACGCUGCUCUGUCCCAGGCCACUUGCUCUCUGUCAUCCCCAGGGACACAGGAUCCCAAGGCCCGAAACUGGAAGAAGUACAAAUUCAUCGUGCUCAAUUCUGCCAGCCAGACAACUAAAGAAAAUGGAGGCUCUCAUGACACUCGGUCCCUGGCGAGCAUUGGCUGUUCCACAUACCUCCAGUCCAAUGAGUUGGAGCAUCCAGAUAUGCAAACUGCCCCUAAACUUAGUGAAUGUGGGGAGGAUCUCCCGGUUUCCCAGGUUAGCCGUCUAAAUACGAUCAUCAACAGUGCCCUGGAAGGAUCAUCAAGGAACAGUGGUGGUCAUAACUCCUCAUACAUUAACAAUAUGAAGUGCUCCUCCUGUGGCACACACUCUCCACAGCACCCAGUUUGCUCCAAUACUCCAAGUCCUCCCCUACAUGUGAACAUUUCAGAAUUGCAUGCAGAGUAUUCAGACUCUAAUUUUGAAAACGGUACAGGCUGUAACAAAUGUGACUCCAAGUCUGCUGAAGACGAUUCUCUGAAACAGCACAUGCUUCAAGUUGACGGCUACAAGCCAUACAAGUGUGACCACUGCCAGGCGGCUUUCCGAUACAAAGGGAACCUCGCCAGCCAUAAAACGGUGCACACAGGAGAGAAGCCCUAUCGUUGUAAUAUUUGUGGUGCUCAAUUCAACAGACCUGCCAACCUGAAGACUCACACACGCAUUCACUCAGGAGAAAAGCCGUAUAAGUGUGAGACAUGUGGUGCUCGCUUUGUACAGGUGGCUCACCUUCGUGCCCAUGUGCUCAUCCAUACGGGAGAAAAACCAUACCCCUGUGAGAUCUGUGGUACACGCUUUCGUCACUUACAGACCCUCAAGAGCCACUUGCGUAUACACACUGGAGAAAAGCCCUAUCAUUGUGAGAAAUGCAAUUUGCACUUUCGCCACAAGAGUCAGUUGAGACUGCAUCUCCGGCAGAAGCAUGGAGCCAUCACCAACACCAAGGUCCAGUACCGCAUUUCCACUACAGAGCUGCCAACUGAGGUGACCAAGACUUGCUGAGCCAGUCCAGAACUGUAGUGCCACACUGACAGAAACCAGGGCAGUUGCCACCAUCUGAAACGGGUUUACUUUACAUGCGAAUAUAGAGCCACAUAUGGUCAAUUAGUCACUUUAUUACCUAUAUUGUGUUUUGAGUAUGUAUAAGCUUUGGAGUAUGCAAAGCUUUAUUUUACUGAGGAGAAAAGAAGGAAUGUAAAUUAAAUUUUUGAGUGUUUUAUAUCAGAGAAAAUACAUUUCUGAAUAUUUAUGCUUUGAUCGAAUGAUUAAUGGAGUGUUAAUAAAUAAAUGGACAGAUUUAAAAAUAUGAAUUGAAUCAGACUGAACUCUGCAGGCAGAGCCAAUCUGAAAUUGAAAAUUAGCAGUUUUAAGGUACUGCUCUUGUAUGACCAACCGAAUAUUUCAGUGUUUGUGAUUUGUUUUUGGCAAAUGGAUAUUUACGGUAUUGUCCUUGUAACUGAUCUGUUAGGCUGUACAUUUUUUAUAUUUUGUUCAUACGUGCACUGUGUUCCCAAGGUGCCUUUUCCCACUGUGGUGACCACUUCCCAUUCAGCCCAGUUCUAUCAAGGUGUAAAUCCAGAACAGCAUUUGUCCUGUUUGUGUCUGUUUUUGAUUUCCCCCCACCACCAUCACCAACAUUAACUUUCAUCAUUGCUUGUGCUGUGACUUUUUUAUUUUUUGGUAAAUUACAUUAAGACAAUAUAAUGUAAAAUAGUUGUGUGAAUAUAAAAUAAAUAUGUAUUUGUAUGUA